UCGACAGAAGAGGGCGAGAUUUCAUUCAAAACAGCCAAGAGGCGGCUUCGACAGAGUCCAGUUGUUCUGAAUCAGCUAAUAGGACGCCGCCUCAAAAUAAUGUUAUCCGACCAUCUCACGUCCUCCUCACGCCGCGCAAGCUGGAGCUCAGAUCAUCGUCUUUUUCUAAAUAGCUGAUGGCCUCCGUGGGCGCACCCACAACGAUCUUCCCUAAAGACACACUAAAAAUAAUUAUCUUUAAACGAGAACAAGUGAGAUUAUCACGGGGUUUUAUUUACUUCCUGGGACAAGAAAGCGGUCUUGGUUCCUUCACACGGUCUGUGAAUGAAACAUUUGAUCUUACAUCUGGCGCUUUACAAAAAGUAGCAGAACACUUUACGAUUGUAGAAUAGCGCUUUGUUUUUUCACGUGAUUGUGUCAGAUGCUGUGUAUGAUGACUGGGAUUAUGUUUACGUGUACGCGGUAACAAACUGGAAUGAAAACUGUCUACAGCCCUCCUGAUGCGGGACAGUGGCUUAUAUUGAAACAUGUACUGACCCAUCGCCACAUGCGCACCUGUGCUUUCUUCACCGGAUAGCCUGCCAAGCUUAUGCAGAAACAGCAACCCGGAUGCCCGUUCUGUCCCAACGCAGUCACCAUGGAAUCACCACCAGUAUCCCAAAGUAUCCCUGCACAGAUCCUCUCAGGCUGAGGAAGGCCGUUGAUGGAGGGUGAUGCUGUUUUCACAGCAGCAGUGGCUGAGGCAGAAGUUCUUUGUACUGGGUAUCUUGGUUGUUGGGAGUCUUUUCUUUCUAGUGGUUCGAGAGGACACUUUAGACAGACUGCACCUCAUCUGCCCCAUUAAGGACAGACUGUGCCCUGCAGAUACAUCAGGGCAGAUGCCUUUACAUACCUUGCAGCUAAAGCAGGCUUUAGGUCUUAAGCUGCACAGGAGAAACAGGACAAGGGAGCAACUGCAAACGCACCGCCUCAUCAAGCAGCUGCCCAGAGCCAUCAUCAUCGGAGUGAGGAAAGGUGGAACACGUGCACUGCUGGAGAUGCUCAGUCUUCACCCUGCUGUUGUCAAGGCCUCCCAGGAGGUCCACUUUUUCGACAAUGAAAAGAACUAUGCUCGUGGUGUUGACUGGUACCUCAAAAAGAUGCCCUUCUCUUUUCCACAUCAAAUAACUGUUGAGAAGAGUCCUGCAUAUUUCAUCACUGAGGUGGUACCUGAGAGGAUAUUUACGAUGAAUUCCUCUAUUAAACUUCUGCUGAUUGUGCGUGAGCCAACCACCCGCACCGUUUCAGACUACACACAGGUACUAGAAGGCAAAGAGCACAAGAACAAAACAUACAACAAGUUUGAGGAACUUGUGGUUGAUACCAACACUUGUGAGGUGAACACAAAGUACAAGGCUGUACGGACAAGCAUCUACAGCAAGUACCUAGAACACUGGUUAAAGUUCUUUCCCAUUGAGCAGUUUCACAUAGUUGAUGGAGACAGCCUCAUCACAGACCCACUUCCAGAGCUUAAGCUGGUCGAACGAUUCUUAAACCUUCCUUCACGAAUCAGCCAGUACAAUCUGUACUUCAAUGCCACACGUGGCUUCUUCUGCCUGCGCUUCAACUUCAUGUUCAGCAAGUGUCUGGCGGAUAGUAAGGGCAGAAUCCAUCCAGAUGUAAAUCCCUCCAUCAAGGAAAAACUGCGGCGCUUUUUCCAUCCAUUUAACCAGAAGUUCUAUCAAAUCACAGGCAGGACAUUCAACUGGCCCUGAAGAUUCCAACAUCUGCCGUUAAUGUUAAGAAACAUCAGACAUGGGAAAAAAGCAUUUUUAUAAUGCUCUGAUCUAUCAUUAUUGAAAUGAGAGCUUCAAUCAGUAGUGAACUUUUGUACUUGCGCCUAAAUUGUAUAGAAAAAUUGAGUUGCAGUUUCAUCUAAGGAUUUUCCUCAAAAAGAACUGACCUAAACAGUAUUAGACGCAAAUACAGUUUGCUAUGUACCCCUCACACUUCAAAAUGGAUUUAUCAGCCUGACUAAAAACAUUUUGAUCGAACUGAACAAAUUAGUAGCUGACAUAUUCUAUUCAACUAGAACCAAAAAAUAAGCAGAUUAAAUGUGUGAGGAUAAAACAGUACUGGUGUGUAUCUUGAGACAAAACAAUGGCACUGACAUAUUGUAAAUAAUAUUGCAUCCUGUUCACCAGAGUUCAGAUCAUUUGGACCUGUUUCUCACCAGUCAUGGUCUGGCCCUUACAAUAGUAAAAAAAGUACAAAUUAAAAUCAUUGCAAAGUAUUACAAGACUGUUGUGUGAGAAAACCUGUAUGAACUGUGGGGUUUUCUUACGUUCCAAAAGUAUCAAUAGUAGUUCUCUAAUAGUAUUUCAAUAGUAGUUUUUAAUAUUAUCUUAUAUACAAACCGAUUCCAAAAAAGUUGGGACAAUGUACAAAUUGUGAAUAAAAUGAUUUGGAAGUUUCAAAUAUUUCAAAAUUUUAUUCAGAAUACAACAUGGAUGACAUAUCAAAUGUUUAAACAGAGAGAAUGUAUAAUUUUAAGGGAAAAAUAAGUUGAUUUUAAAUUUCAUGGCAACACAUCUCAAAAAAGUUGGGACAAGGCCAUGUUUACCACUGUGUGGCAUCCCCUCUUCUUUUUAUAACAGUCUGCAAACGUCUGGGGACUGAGGAGACAAGUUGCUCAAGUUUAGGAAUAGGAAUGUUGUUCCCCUCUUGUCUAAUACAGGCUUCUAGUUGCUCAAGUGUCUUAGGUCUUCUUUGUCACAUCUUCCUCUUCAUGAUGCACCAAAUGAUUUCUAUGGGUGAAAGAUCUGGACUGCAGGCUGGCCAUUUCAGUACCUGGAUCCUUCUUCUAUGCAGCCAUAAUGUUGUAAUUGAUGCAGUAUGUGGUCUGGCAUUGUCAUGAUGGAAAAUGCAAGGUCUUCCCUGAAAGAGACGACGUCUGGCUGGGAUCAUAUGUUGUCCUAGAACUAGGAUAUACCUUUCAGCAUUGAUGGUGCCUUUCCAGAUGUGUAAGCUGCCCAUGCCACACACACUCAUGCAACCCCAUAUCAUCAGAGAUGCAGGCUUCUGAACUGAAUGCUGAUAAAAACUUGGGUUGUCCUUGUUCUCUUUAGUCAGGAUGACAUGGCUUCAAAUAAA